CGCUCUCGGGGGCGUGCGGGAGAGUCAGUGCGCGGCGAGGCGCGCCAGCUGCCGCACGUCAUGAUUCUACCCCAGGUGAGCGACGAUGUACCCAGACACUACCACUACCACCCCGUCGUUAACAGGACGACCGCCGAGAAUCAAUAACCUGACAGACGGGGAAGAAGACGCUCUGCCUGAAGACGCUUUCUCGCUGCUGUCGGUGCUCCUAGUUGGAUUCCUUCUCGUGAUCCUGAUAUUCUUCUCCGUCGCCGGGAACGUCCUGGUCUGCGUGGCGAUCUACACCGACCGUGGGCUACGGAGAAUCGGCAACCUCUUCCUGGCCUCCCUGGCCGUCGCCGACCUCUUCGUCGGUGGGCUGGUGAUGACCUUUGCCGGGAUCAACGAUCUCCUCGGCUACUGGAUCUUCGGAAUGUGGUUCUGCGACAUCUGGAUCGCUUUCGAUGUUAUGUGCAGCACUGCCUCUAUCCUGAAUCUAUGCGCCAUAUCACUCGACCGUUACAUACACAUUAAGGAUCCUCUUAGGUACGGCCGUUGGGUGACCAGAAGAGUUGCCAUUGGCGGCAUCGCCGUCGUAUGGCUCCUAGCAGGACUCAUAUCAUUCGUACCGAUCAGUCUAGAUCUUCACAGAAAUGAUGAUCAACCUGUGACAUACAAUGACGAGGAGCACCCUACAUGUGCCCUAGACAUUACACCUACCUAUGCGGUGGUAUCUUCAUGCAUAUCUUUCUAUGUGCCCUGCAUCGUGAUGCUGGGUAUUUAUUGCAGGCUCUAUUGCUACGCGCAGAAACAUGUGAAGAGUAUCCGAGCAGUAACAAAGCUGCCGGACACUUCCAACCUGGCCAAGAGUUUUCGCUCGAAGAGCAGUCGCAGCAAGCCACCAAAGCCGCAGACGAAGACGAAGCCAACCAGCCCUUAUCACGUGUCUGACCACAAGGCCGCGAUCACCGUCGGCGUAAUCAUGGGUGUAUUCCUGAUAUGCUGGGUGCCAUUCUUCUGCGUCAACAUCGUCGCAGCCUACUGCAAAACCUGCAUAUCUCACCGAGCGUUCCAGGUUCUCACGUGGCUCGGCUACAGUAACUCGGCCUUCAACCCGAUAAUCUACAGCAUCUUCAACACUGAAUUCCGGGAGGCGUUCAAGAGGAUCCUCACGAAGGGGGCACGCGCGCGAGGCAACCAGCCGUCGACCAGCGAGUGCGGCGAGUUCCGCUCGGUGGUGGUACAGAAGCGGAACGGCUCCAUGAUCGAAUGCAACAUCAGUCCGAGAUCGAGCGCGGACAGCUGCCAGGUCGGCGUCAUGGCUCAACGACACCGCGAUACUAUCGUCAGUGCCAUAUAAACGAGCGUUCCGCGCGCGCGACAAGCGUUUCUUCUCUCUCUCUUGACUUCUUCUCUCAGUCUCAUCUUAAACGACUUCGUUUCUGAAUCUCAAUUUCGCCGCUUGUCUGCGAGAUCGUCGCGCGGAAUCGUGUCGCCUUUGUUACUUCGCCGAUAUCGUCGAGGGAUUUGUGGUGAAUUGCAAGAAGGUCUGGAGACACCCCGAGAUAUCGUCCGGCGGAGGGCAACGAUGUUAAAACGGCGCGAAUCGAAACACGCUUCGCGCAAGAGGAAUUCUCGUUCCUCGUGUUAAUCUUCGUGUUAAUCCUCCGCGAUCUUCCGUAUCGCGGAAUGACGAUAUCGAUCGCGAAACAUUUUUAUUCCAGCAUUUUACUAUCUUGAUUUGCUGUUUUAAAGUUUGUUUCGAAUCCGCAGUGAAAAACCUAAACGUGACGCAGUCUACGACCGAUUGCACGACCUGUAAUCUAUCUACGGAACGAUCACUUAUUGCUGUUGUUUCGUACGAACUUGCGUCAAGUGUGUACAUAAAAUCAGCAUACGGCACACCGCUUGUAUCAACAAGCGGAGUUUACUCCCGCGUGCUAAAGUUUAGUAUUUGCAUCUUGCGAAGGACUGAACGCCAAGCCAAACCGCCCGCCUGCUCAAAGGAAGACUGCAGCUGCAGCUGCGACGCUCUCGCUAUGAAGCCGCUCGCUUAGGAUAAGGAUAACUGAAGGACGUUGAUAAUACUCUCUCAGCCAUAUUAUUGAAUCUCUCCUCACGUAAUAUCAAUCAAUGUUCUAGUUAGCUGUCGUUGAUUUGGGCCGUGAAUUUCCUCGGACAGAGGGAAAACGCGCUGCUCGUGUCUCUCCUCGACGUCGAGUUCUAGAGCAAUAUCGGUAAAUGCAGAAGCAAAAUGCAAAUCGAGACGUUUGCCGGGUAUUAAAAUGAGCACAUCGUAUCUCUGCCUCCACGGUCAUCGUCACCUGAUUAUACGAUUGACCGAUGAUAAUUGUUACGAGUGACGCGCAAAUUUCUUCGAAGUGUGGUAUUUUUCGUUGUAACGCAUUCCGCGUGUUUUCACAGGGAGUACAUAUCUCUUCUUUUUUUUUUUUUUUAUAUAUGUAGCGAAGGAGUGAAGGCUGUGGUGUUUGAAUAUGUAUGCGCGGCAUUUCGUGAGGACAUCAAUCGUUGUAAUUAAGACAAUCACCGGAAUCCACUUCGAAACAUAUCCCGAAGACAUAAUCCAAUCCAAAAUCGUAGUGUUGUCUCUUACUUUCUUUUUUUUUUAUUUAUUCCUUAUCUUCUUUUAUAAGGUACGACUUCAGGCUUAGAGUGGGAUUUGUCGAUUAAUAGAAGAAUCCAAAGUGUAGCGCUUAGGAUACUAAUCUUGUCAAGCAAUCUCUUUAAUGGAGCAAUGUCGAUAGCAAUGUCGAUAGCUCAUGUUAAAAAGCUGGAUGUUACUAAAAAAAAAAAAAAAUCAAUAUGUUUCUAAAGUAACGUCUGUCAAAACAUCAUGGGAAAUGUAUUUAAAAAAAAAAAAGGAAAAAACUUAAUAGCAAUAGGUCAGUGCAGAGAGCGGCGCGCGUGACGCGCUGCGCCGUCAACUAUGAAAUUCAUUUUCCAUCUUGUAAAUAGCCAUUUAAUUAUUUUUCUAUUUGACGGGCGCGAAAAAAAAGAGGUACACGACGGGAAGCAAAUCGCGGAAACGCGAUCUCUCGUCUAAUGGGCGCGCUCAUCGAAUGUAAGUAAUAAAAAAUUGUCGUCGAGCACCCGUCGAAU